AUGAGUGGUUGGUCGUCGCUGGGAAAUGCUCUCGGCCAGUUGGGUGUCUCCAGUCAAAUGAAGCCAGAGAAUCGGUUGUUGCCGACAUGGUCGAGACGAUUGGACGUCAUCACCAGAUGGUUGCCGGCUGCUGCAGUGCGGUGUCUCCUCUGGCUCCGUCUUGUCUGCUCCCCGAACUGGGAGUUUCCUGGUAGCUGGUUUAUUUUCACUCUUACCGCGAACGGUGGUGGUGAUGUAAACCGAAGCCAAGCCAAUCAAGACAUCGACUCGGAUCGAAAAGAAUGCGCAGAUCUCGCCAGUCGACAGCGCUCUCUCACCAACGCGGCGACGCCUUCUAGCGGCGAUGCUCCAGCGCCAGAAACUACUUUGUCCGAUGCCGAGGGGCCUUUUUGUGGGGUUCCCGGUGCCACAUCGGUCGGGUUUAUCAGUCCCCUUGUGGCGGACUUAAAGACGGCAUUUUUAAGUCGAGGCGAACCAAUGAAAUCGGAGGAGACGUUUGAUGGCAUCGGAGUCGGCCUAGACGUUCCCGACGAUUGCGAAUCCGGUGUCGACUAG